AGCACGGAGAUGGUGGAAAGUUUAGUUUGAGAUGUUAGAACGUAUACUCUCGUAUUAGUGACGUUUGAUUUAUGUUAAUUAUUUCUGUUUCUGAAGACAUUACCUCGAUAAAUAGUCUUAUCUAUAUAAUGUAUAUUUAGCUAACAUAUUAUUGUCCUCUUGAAGCUAAAAUUAACGACUCCAAAAAGUUAUGAAGUUUUCACUCGAGUUGCUGUCAUCUGUUGAUAUGGUAUAAAUGUUUCUAAAUAAUAGAUAUAUUGCAACUAAGAGAUAUUUAUAGGUACAGAAUAAUAAAGGAGGUCCCAUGAUGAAUGGGUGCAAGAUUUUGCUUUUUUAAUUCAUCUAAUAAAUAAACUGAUGGAGAAAUCUGUAACCAGUCAGAUAAUUUUUCUUACAGUCCAGAAUAAUCCAACAAAUGGUGAUUGUUUGACUUUGCUUGCAGAUUCCCAACAACCAAAUGUUCUGCAGUCCCGAACUUCUGUAAAGGAUACAUCAUCAGUGCCAAAUUCCACAUCAUUUGAAAAGCUUGCCAAACGAAGAAGCAUAUAUGUAUGUACUUUUUGCCAGGUGUUUUCUACAUCUGAUGAAGCAGUUGCUGAACAUAUAGCUUCUGUUCACAAUGUGUCAUUACCAGUUGGAACAAGACCUGAAAAUUUUGUUUCGAGGUUACAAGCAUUGCCUAAUGAAAAUGAAAAAAGCUGCCGUAAGAAAGUGGGUCGCCCUAGAAAGCUUCCAAAAGAGCAUGCUGUUGAGGCUGUGGAUACAGUCUGCAAUUUUGAACCCCUGCCAGGUCCAGAUGGGUUGUAUUGGUGUCAGAAAUGCCAUAAACAUUUCAGAAAACCUCGUCAGCUUUCUAGGCAUGUUUGUCUGGAAACAGAUGACCAGGAUAAUUUUUCUGAUGACUCUUCAGUUUUUUCUGAUGGAAGUGAGGAUUUUCAAGUAUAUAUGAGUAUUGAUCCAGUUCCAUGGACAAGAAGACAAAAGCGCCACAAUGAUAAAAAUUCAGAAGAAAAUAAUAAUGAAACUACACUUAAAUUCUUAUGCAAUGGAGCAAUGUCUGAUGAAGAUGGGUUGAAUAAAGUCACUUCAAAAUGGAGAAAUGAUCCUUCCUAUGUUCCACCUUUCAGGAAUGAAAAUGAAAAACUUGCAUUUGAGAAGCAUUUGAAAUCUAUUGAUUAUAGUUUUGUGGAUGAUAUGUUUAUCAUAGAGAGGAAAAGAUGUAAAAUCCAGAGCGGAAAUGUACAUACUGGUCACCAUUUUUCUAAAAUUUAUACCUGCAUAAAGUGUAAAAAGGUAUUAAAAUCACUAUUCCAUAUACGCAUGCACUGCCUCACACACACUGAUGUACAGCCAUUUACAUGUCCAGAGUGUCCUUAUCGAACUAACAGCAAAGGCAGUUUAUAUACACACAUGAGAAAGCAUACUGGAAAUGUUUUUCAUUGUUCCUUUUGUAGUUUUCAGAGCACAAAAAGAGCACAUAUGUUAGAUCAUGAGGCUACUCAUUCAACAAGUCUUCAGCUUUGUAAACUCUGCAAGAAUUCAUACAAAACUGUGAAAUCCUUAAUUGCACAUAUACGAAGGUAUCAUAAUAAUCCUGGUGGGAAAAGGUACAUCAAAUCACUUUCUUCCAAGCAAAGCAAAGAAUCAUUGAUUAACUGUAAUAUUUGCCAAAAGAAAUUUAAAUCAACCUAUACUUUUGAAAAUCAUAAUAUGAGUCAUCAUAAUGUGUACUUGCCUUCUCCUCCACUAGCAAAUAUGCAGAAUGAUAUUCUUAAAAAUGUAUCAGAAGGUGAAGUGAGUGAGUUGCAUCUGGACAAGUUAUGUUCUGCAGAAGCCAGUUCUGUAUUGGAACAAUCAGCUCAAGUAUCAACAGUAUCUGUGUUGGAACAAUCAUCUCAGAUACCUGCAACUUCUGUAUUAGAACAGCCAGCUCAGAUAUCAACAGAAACUUUGGCUGACAUUGUGUUAGAUAACUUUCUCAAAGAAGCGCAGUGUGAAACUGAUGUGCUUUGUGAAAAUGCAUUUGAAACAGCAGAACAGUUAAGUGAUGCUGCUACUCUACUAAAUGGGUUUCAGAGAAAAUCAAUGGCUGAAAAGCUUCCUAUUUCGGACGAGUCUUAUGAAUUUUGUUCUUCUGAAGCAUCUAUUUUGGCUGAAUGUGAGAAAACGCUCAAUUUAAACAUUUUAAAUGAAUGUUUACGUAAAUCUAACUUUUCUGGUGAUUGCCUCACUGAAGUUUGUAGCCAGAAAUCUAAUUUAGUUAGUACCUCAGCAUUGUCCAUGAAUUGCUCCGAGCAAUAUAUUCUUUCUCCAGACUUUCCUGACUCGGUACUGCAAAGUGCUGAAGUUGAACAACUUCAUGAAAGGGUUUCUGAAGAUGUAUCUGAUAAAACUUGCACUACAGAAUCGAAAUCAGCUGAGAUAAAACUGUUUGAAAAAUGCCGCCGAGCACCAGCAUAUGUUUGCUGUGUUUGUUCUGCCAUUUAUAUUUGCCCUGCCACUUUAAAAGUGCAUCUGAAAGAACAUGUUAACACUAACACACUCCUUGAACAACCAGAAGAUUUUGAACCAGAGAAAAUUGCUCAAAAUGACUUUGAUAAUGUAUGCAAGAUCUUGCAAGAUCCCAUAGACUCAUGUUCUUCUGAUGAAAAAGAACUUGAAAAACUUUACACUUCCUCUUUGGACAUGAUGUGGUACUUGCCAGCAGUUAGUGUUGUUCUUGAAAGUGAUCCAGCUUUAUUGGAUUGCAAUCUAGAUGAUAUAUUUUGCUUAAAUGAUAGAUCUGAUGAAACUAUGUAAUAAAAUAUAUUUUUUCAAAAAUAA